AACGAAAUGCUGACGGAUCGCGUAUAAUUUUUUUUCCCGCGUUCUCGACUCAUUUUCGCUAAGUUAUCAGCCAUGGAGAACUCGGCAUAUGUUCCUAAUUCCGGGCAUUUAAAUUCGCCCGCUUUGGUAGUAUUCUCGCAAGCCACUGGCGGUUUGCAAGAAGCCCUACGCAUCCAAAGGCCCUUCAAUCCGCAGUUUACCAUGAGUGAAGCGCAAAAGGAACUGCAUCGACCGUUUUCGGCCUCUUCCUUCGGAUUUCGUCACAUGGAAGCAUACAGCGGCAUCCCCGCCCACAUAUUAAACCAUCUGCAGCCCCAAUUCCUCCAUCCCGGAUUGUCUCUGGGUUCCGGAGCCUUUAGACCCUUAGCCGACUUGAAAUCUUUUCCUUCCCCUUCGGCCUUCACGUCCCCCAAGUGUUUGAAAAUCGAAACCAGCAGCGAAAAUAUCCACCACGGGCACAACCACGGAAUAUUUUCGCCUGGUGAAGAAAGGAUUUUGGGACCGAGUCCUAGAACGGAUUCUUGUUCGCCGGCGAGUACAUCCAUGUCACCUCAGCCUCAAACGGCGGUAAAAGAAGAAAGUUUGGACGCUCAAAUGUCGGAAGAUGGAGAACAUCACGGACAAGCAACCGAUAACGAUUCGCCUGGAAUACACGAGGAUAAUAGAGGAUUCCGCAUAGGCCCUUUAUUCGGUGGAAGUUUUGCCAGCAACGGGGCGUAUACUUUUUCGGUUCCUGGUCUGCCCCCUGCAGCCCACGCAUUAGCCAAAUCCACAUUUCUAUUCGAUCACGACCUAGUUUUAAAUAAGAAAAAACGAGAUCCAUCUAGCUGUCCCGUGUGUGGAAUUAGCAUAUCACCAGGUGAUUUCGAAAGUCACUUCAUGCAAGAGUUAGAAAGGUUGUACAAGCUGAACGGAACAGGCAUCGCAGCUUCGAGGAAAAGAAACAGACCAGAACCGGGAAGACCACCAGCCUUGCCAGGUGAUAGUGGUCCCGAAGGACGUUGGGAAACUUUUCAGAGGAUCAAAACCAAUCGACAAGGACGACUAAGAUUGAAGAUCCGCAAGAGAAAAGCAGACGAUGGCUGUCCUAUUUGCACCGGACGACCUCAUAGGACCCAAGAAGAAUUAAAUAUGCACGUGGAGCAAUGCUCCCGAAAAAAUCAUAACGAUGAAGAUGAAACGGUAGACGUCGAAGGGGAUUCCGAAUUAGAAGAAUGGCACGAGAGUCAACGAAGACGAACAACUUCAUUGGUGGCUGCAGCAAGUAGAAUAACAGAAGUUGACAAUGAAGGUGAUGAUGUUGUAGUGGACGGAGAUGAACCUGAAGACCACAGUUUCGGGCCUUCCCAAUAUUCCGAAUCGGACGUAGUAAUCAAGGAAAAUAGCGAAAAAGAUGGACUUCAGCAGUCUCAGGUGGCAACGGUGAAUUCUAGUGGCGAUGUAGAGGUUAAAUUAGAACGUCAAGGAUCUCAGGUCCACGGUCAACAAUGUGAUAGUAAUGUCAGUACUUCGGAUGCUGAGCCCAGCAGUCGGGCUCAAAUAAUAGAAGAACUUAGAAAUAGAAUUAGGCAAUUAGAAGCGGAAGGGGGAGAGUUAGCCAGCACUACCGAGUCCGUUGAGGAAUAUAAGUGUUUAAUUUGUUUGGAACAUUACAAGAAACCAGUCAUAUCAACAGUCUGUUGGCACGUCCAUUGCGAAGAGUGCUGGUUGCAUACUUUGGGCAGCAAGAAAGUAUGUCCCCAAUGUAGCAUGAUUACGUCACCCACAGACCUUAGACGCAUAUUUAUGUAAACCUCAAAUAUUUAUUAGAAAAUGUUCAAUUUCUCAAACGUGUCGAAACAGUAUUUUUACCAAAACUGAAUUUCAAUGCUUAAACUAAACGUAUCCGGUGUGUAAUAAAAUUCCGCACGUCAUAGAUAAAUUGUAAGAUAAAAAAAGCACUAACUUAUUUAUAUCUGUAUAUGUAUACCUACUGUCGGCUAUAUGACAGCCCCGUAUAUUACUAAUGAAAGUAUAACAAUAAGUAAGUAAGUAAUCCAAAAGAUUUUGCUGUGUAAUGCGGGGCAAAGAAAAAUUAAAUUUUACUCAAACAGGGAAAAAAAUACGACAAUUCCAUUUCUCAAACGAAUUAUUAAUCUAAUACUUGUAAGUAUA